AUGGAUCCAUUAACACCAAAAGGAACUCACGUAAGGUUUGCAGGACCUACACCCUUUGCUAGAAAGUAUGGACAUCCCAAAGGAGGCAUUCAUUCCGUGCUAAAAAGCUACCUGCCCCAAUUGAAGAGCGGUCUCACACCAGUAACUCCAGCACAAUUCUUAAAACCCCAAGAUCAAUUGAAUCUUGACGAACGUCUUGAAUUGUAUCAAAGAAUCAGGUUCUCUGGUUUCACCGCAGCAGAGUUGAAAUCAGUUCUAGCUUUGCCAGAUUCUCAGGAAACUAUAAGUCGAAGGAUAGACUAUGGAAGUGAUCUUGGAAAAGUCCCAAUCCAUCCCGUGUUAGAAAGAAGCAAUUGGCUAUAUGAGUUUCCGAAAAAUCUGGCUAGGUAUCCAUUAGGAGAUGGUAAUGAAUAUUGGGAGGCCGCGAAUGAUGCCGUGUGGAAUGCAAUGUUACCGGCUAUAAAGAUUGUAUCAAGCGUUAUCGCUAACAUACAUACGUGGGACUGGUUCAAUGCGUUGCUGAAGGGUGAACUGGUAGAGAUUCCAGAAACGGAACUUCCACCUGAUUUUGGCCUUCAUGCAAUGCGUUUCAAGUCCAUGGAGGACAGAAAAAACAAGGAACUUGCAUCUUACGCUAUAGAGCUAUUGGGGAAGAUGUCAAAACAGGUUAAUUAUGCAUUGGUAGGAGCCAAAAGCACUCAGGAUGGAAUGGCUGAACUAGGUAACUUUCAAGCCGGCUUGACCAGGUGGUCCCCACGUCGAGGUACAUCAAGCAGUCCGCCCGAACAUCGAGCUACACUUGUUACCAUCGCCUAUGAAUUGGUCGAGCCGUUGUUGAACCCUCUUCUCUUGCCAGAAGACAGAGCCUUGGACGAUUUUCGCUUAGCAGAAGAUAUUCUUCACGAGACUGCGCAUGCCAUGGGCCAUCAAAUGGUCAGAAUGAACAAAGAACUUGAGGGCUGGGGCUGGGCCGAGCCUUACUUUGACAACGAGCCUAUACCAGAAUUGGGAUUCUCUGCAACAAAUCAGGUAUUUGGUGGCAUCUCGCUUUCGGUUAUUAAUCCAGUAGACACUGCGGGAUACUCCUCCGGAGGUUUAAUCUUCUAUAAUUGGCCUACGUACAGACAUGAGUUUUACACGGCUACUAUGCCCGUACUGGCUCCGGAAAAGCAGAAGAAUUGGGAAAACAUAAUGUACUAUCCGAUCCCUGUCUCUUACUUUAUGAGCCUCGAGUGUGAAGAAUUUUGGGACGUUUACGUGAGGAAAUUUGGCUCAAAGGCAACUCAAGCGGGUCCCAAGAUAAUAGGCGUUAUUCGACGAAGAGGUGAGACUGCGGCUGCUCUCAGACAUACUACGGGUACUCCGGGGCCUGAGAAAAAGGCUCCAGGAGUUUUUUCUAGAAGAACGACUAAAGUCACCCAUUCGUUUGAGGCCGAAAAAAGAAAAUUGGCUUUAAUAAUCAAGGAAGCAUCAAAAAAUGUCCACCCGAAGGUCUUAUCACCAAGGCUUCCUACUGGGGAAUAUGGUUUUCAGCCCAUCAUCGGUCGUGCCGAUAGAGCUGAUGCUGUCGAAAUGGACUGUCCCAGGUACGAUGAGAUCAGAAUGUAUCUAGAACGAAACAAGUUCGCACUUGCCAUACACACAUUUAAAUAUCAAUUGCCUGCGCAUUUGGUCAGGUGCUAUAUCCUUCGUCACGGUGGAAUUGAACUCACGAAUGGGGAAUGGAAAACCUUCCUACUUGUGGCGAACACGAAAGAUGAACUCUUCUACUAUUCUCUUGCCGCGUAUGGCGUCAUUCAAGUCAACUAUAAAGGCUGGAUGGACCCCACACCACCACAGCAAACAGAAAUAAAAGUACCUCCGCAGCCCGACGCACAACUCACAGAAAUAUUUGAUUUCAUCUGUCGACGAAAUCUCAAAGAUGUAGAUGCACACCAAGAAUCCAGAGAUAUCGACGCAUUUCUUUUAAUGUACGACUCAAAUGUAAUAUGGAAGAUAGAAAAAAGCAAAGGCAUAAGAACAGAACUCCUAGAGCAUCCUGACAUGCCAGAUGGUUUUACCGAUGACGAAGCGGGCGAGGAACUUUUCAUGGCGUGUGUUUGGCAUUCGCCAUACUUUACAGAUGCGCCUUAUCGUCAGGGAGUGGUCAGAAGAGCGAGUCUUGAUGCUCCUGGGAUUGGCCCUUAUGUACCUCCGCCGCUGAAGAAUAUUCAUCAAAGUUUGACGCGGGGAGAUCCGAUGAGAUUGGGUGUUAAAGAUAUCCUUGGGGAGGAUGCGGAUGAAAUGUAUAUGUGA